AAAAUUAAAACCUUUCCAUUCUGUGAAAGAAAAAAAGUGGAAAUUUGUAUUUUUAAAAAAUUAAACAGGAAAAUUGUGGAAAACUAUUUAUAGAAGCCGUAAAAUAAUGAUUAAAUUUAAUAGCAAACGAGAUGUUGAUCGACAUGUUUCUCAAAUGUCCCAGAAACUCAAUGAAAAUGAGAGAUCAAGUCGUGGAUUUGCUAUCGCUAAAAGCUAUGCAAAAGUAAAUGAAUAUGAGCUGGCGAAAGAUUGGCUUCAAAGAUACUUGGAAAUUAAACCAGACGAUGCAGCUGCUUACAAGUUUAUGGGUGAAAUUUAUGAAAAGCUACAAAAACCAGAACAGGCCAUUACGAACUUUCAACAUUCAUAUAGCUUAAAUUCUAAGCAAAAUGACAUCAUUAAGAGCGUAUGUCGCCUAUUUCUUCUAAAUGAUGGAUGGUCAACGAGUCCAGCUAAGGCGAAAUAUUGGUGUGAAUUGGCAGAGACCGAAAACAUUCGUGAUGAUAAUGUAUUCACAUUGCGUCUAAAAAUGUCCAAUAAAGAUAAUAAGCUAGAUAAUAGACCGGCAGAAGAUAUGAUUCUUCGAGAAAUAACGGCUCGUCCUCAUGAUGUUGGUUUGAGAAUCAGAUUGGUGAGAUUUUUACUGGAAGAGAAGCGCUUUAAAGAUGCUUUGAAAUACUGUUUUGAUCUAGAAAUGAAAUGCAUUGAAACAUUUAUUUUAUCAAUUGAAUGGUACAAUACAAUGUCUGAUGUUUUAAGUUAUUCAGAAGAUGACACAUGGAAUCAUUGGUGUCUCUUACUCAUAACUUUCGAGAAGCAAAUAUUUUUGAAUCUUAAAAAGGAUACUAAUUUGCAAGCAACCAAGCAAACUAACAUAAAUGAAGUUACAAAUUUACUUUUUGAAUUUGAUCAAGUUAUUAGUAAGGCCUCUGAUAAGCUACUUCAAGUUGGCCCUGUUAAAGAGUUUGGCGAAGAAAUUAUUAGUCAUUUUUGUGGACAACUUGCUCUUCAUAUAGCUUCUUUAUUGUUUCAAAAGCAAAAAGUUACAAACAAUGAUCAAUGGCGAGAGACAACAAAAAAGUGCUUACCUUUUCUGCUCUUUGCUUUUCAAUCUUCAACAGUCAACACAGACGCCGCUUGGCUUAAGAAUAUGAAUGAAACCAUUCGAAAUUUAUUUACUCAUCUCAAAAAAGAAGGAGCAUUCAGAUGCACACAAUCCGCACGUACUAUAUUGUCCUGUAAAACAAAUCAAAGUGAUGAUAUUGUACAAAUUUCAAAUCAAAAAUUCUGGUAUACAGUUGACGACAUUUUCAAUCAAGUUCGAGAAACGUGUGCUGAUUUGAAUUGGAGAAAAAACAUAUUUCGUUUACUAUUUGCAAACACCGAUCAUCAAAUGAAAAUUUCGUCGUCGUAUUACGUUCAGAGUUUAUAUUUUCAUGAGCCAAACUACGAAAUGAUAUCAUUCAGCGAUGUUGAGAAUUACGAAAACAUCGCACAACAUCUUUAUCCCUCAUGUUUAAACCAUCAGGUUUACCUGGGACUAGGACGUGUAGAUUUACAUACAUUUAAGGCUCAUACAUUCAACGGCUUAAAUUUAUCAGCAUCCAAUCUUAUUAAUUGUAAUCCAGAAACAAUUAAUCGAAUCGAUAUUGAUUCAUUUCUUUAUUGUUCCAUUAUUCAAGCAAAACGUAAAUUAGAAGCUGAAAAGAAAUCCUACGAAGCAUUUAAUAAUCGACUAAAUGAGAGACCAUUAAUUUUACCAGCAUCUAAUAUGGUUGAAGGCUUAUGUACCGAAGAGCAAAAAUAUUGGUGGCUUUGUGCGUAUAAAAUGUAUAAAAAUAUAAAUUUUGAGAACUUGGCUCAAUUAAAAGCUACUUUACAAUACGGAAUUGAAGCUGUUCGAGGGAUCGAUUCUCCAAAGAUUGAUCUAAUAAUUUUAUUGAAACUAGGAGAUAUCUUGCUAUUGAGAUCCAGCUGUUGUAAACCAGAGGAAAAAAGACAUCUUGAAAUACGCGUGGAAUAUGUUUAUAAAUUUGCAAUGAAAAUGAUGAAAAAUCCGGAUUACACGACACGACUAUUUAAAUUCAUUACAAAUAAUUAUGAUAUUGAUCAGGAAGUUGAACAACUAACUGGAUCUGCUAUUGGCUAUCUGUCUGGUGUGUAUUUUAGACGCGAUGAAUAUAAGGAAUUUAUUGACGAGCUGACAGGAAUUCAAAAUGUUUGGGCUCAUUUCUAUCGUUCUGAAGCUUAUAGAAAAUUGGACGAGUUGGGCAAGUCGCCAAGAAAAGCAAAGAAAUUUUAUAUUGAGAAGGCACGAGAGAGUUUGAAAGAGACUUUAUUGUUGCUGGAUAAGAAAGAAAACAUUUACAAAGAUAAUCCGCUGAGAAUGCGAGUGGAGAUAGACUUGAAGAAACUUCAAUAUGACUUAUCAUCAUUUAAUAACAAUGAAGAGUUAGACGUUCAUAAUACAUCACAAAAUGGAUAUGCUGAUGAUGAAAUUUUUCAUAAUGCUUCGUCAAGUUCGUUUCGAGGGCGACGAGAUUUAUCCACAUACGCAACGAUGACAAAUCAUAAUAAUGAAAAAUUUGCUGAGAUCGAGAGUCUAAUAAGGAUAUUAAAUGAUUUGAUUAUUUCGGUUAAAGAUGAUAUAUUGAGUGUUCGAAAUGAUAUAACGAGUUUAAAAGAUGAUGUUCUAAACAUUCGUGGCAAUAUUACAGACUUGAAUGUCAAUAAAGAUGCAAACACGUCAAAGGCACUAAACGAUAUUUAUAAGUCUCUAGAAGACUUACCUUGGAAUAUAACGUAUAUGAUGAAUAUGAUUCCGAAUCAGUCGGGAGCUGUUUUAUCUUCUGCGACCCGAUUCCCUGGUGCAAAUCAGUUUAAUCAAAUGUACAACACAGCUUAUCCUAUCUACCCAAUGCAAUAUCCUAUUACAUCUGCUACGCGAGCACCUUUUGGUCAAAAUCCUACUCAAUUAAAUUACGCUGGUGAUGCAAUUAGCUUCAAUACUCCAAUAAUUCAACCGCCACCACAAUCACAACAGUCUCAUCUCUCUAGCGCUGGACCAAAAUCGAUGCUUCUUGAAGCAUUAAAUACUUCGACUGUAUUAAAUACAUGGAACAAUACUUAUAAUUCAACUUUACCAACAACUCCUUCAAAUAUUCAAUCAUUAUCAAAUGAUUUCAUUAAUUAUUCGAAUGUUUCAACGACAACCAAAGAAUCACUUCCCAUUAAUGUUGUCAUCACAAAUUCUGAUCCAUUGCCAACACAAAAUACAAUCAUUGCUCAACCUACAUUAAGCGUCACUAUUCCUCCUCAACAUAUUAAACAUUCACAAAAUGAUGUUCCUAUCCAACAAACCAUAACAACGAAAUCUAAUAUGAAAAAUAAUUAUGAAAAUAUAUCGCCAUCUAAGCAAAAUGAUAGUGAGUAUUAUAAUGAGCCUGCUGAUUACGAUCCACGUCCAGAUUUUAAGCCAAUCAUUCCAUUACCAGACGAAGUGGAAAUUAAAACUGGCGAAGAGAAUGAAGAAAUAUUAUUUGAAGAACGAGCAAAACUUUUUAGAUUUGUUGAUAAGGAAUGGAAGGAGCGCGGCCUAGGUAACAUCAAGAUUCUUAAGAAUAAGAGUAGUAACAAAUGUCGCAUAGUUAUGAGAAGAGAACAAAUUCAUAAACUGUGUGCAAAUCAUGCAAUUACUUCUGAAAUGGAAUUAAAGACAACUCAAAAUGAAACCAAUUUGAUAUGGGGUGCUAAUGAUUAUACCGAAGAAGAGAUGAAGCUUGAGAAAUUCCUUGUUCGUUUCAAAUAUGCGGAACAAGCAAAGAAAUUUAGAGACAUUUUCGAAUGUGCAAAAAAGCUCGCCAAUUCUGAGGACUCAUUAAAGACGGAAGCGUCAAACGAAAAAGCAAUAGCUGAACGAGAUGUUUUGAACCAAACACAAAAGAUAAGUUUUGCAUUUGGAGGACUUACAGGAAAUUUGAAAAAAACAGAAAAUAAGCCUAAAGAAGACACAGAAGCUGAUGCAAAUAAAACAGUUCAAACAAGUCCAUUUGCAAAUUUCAGCUUUGGAGGCUCGACCAAUAAAUCAUUUACAGAGUUAUUUAGCAACUUAAAUCCUGCAAAACAAGAAUUACUUUCAACAUCAGUACAAACUUCUGACAUGACUAAAUCUUUUCAAAAUGAUGAUGACGAUGAACAUUUUGAACCAACAGCUCAUUUUGAACCAGUUAUUCCGUUGCCAGAAUUAAUUGAAAAUAAAACUGGUGAAGAGGAUGAAAAUGUUUUAUUUUGCAAUCGUGCAAAAUUACUAAGAUUCGACUCGAGCACUAAAGAAUGGAAAGAAAGGGGAAUUGGAGAUAUGAAGGUACUUGUUAAGAAGGACGAUCCGACUAAAGGAAGACUGCUAAUGAGGCGGGAACAAGUAUUAAAGUUAUGUUGUAAUAUGUCAAUUACUAAAGAAAUGAAAUUUACCAAAAUGAACAGUAAUGCACUUUCAUUUGCUGGACAAGAUUUCAGUGAUGGAGAAAUGAAGGCUGAAAAACUAGCCAUCAAAUUUAAAACACCUGAAUUAAUUAAAUCUUUCCAAAAUGCUAUUUCAAAUUUACAAGAAAAUACAUCUUCUGUUGAAGCAGAUUUUGUCAUUGCUCCGAAAAAUGAACAAACAAAAGGAUUUGGAGAUAAGUUUAAACCAAAAGUCGGUUCAUGGACUUGUGAAGCAUGCUAUAUUUCAAAUAAGCCUGAGUCAUUAUAUUGUGUUGCUUGUGAAUCUCCCAAGGACAACACAGUGCAGAAAAAGGAAACAAAAUCUCUAAUAAUAUCUUCAAGUGAUAUGAAAUCAUCCAAGUUUAGGUUUGGAAUGCCAAAUAAAUCAGGAUUUUCAUUUGGUAUGCCAGUAGUUCAAACAACUUUAGCAACUAUUAAAUCAAAUACAGCUGACAUAACUUCAAAUAAUUUCACCGAAACAUCAAUCGCCAAUAUUAAUUCAUCUCCCCCAAAUGAUAAUUCUGGGUUUAAAUUUGAUGCAUCUAAACCGUUUUCAUUUGGAAAUUUGUCUUCUGCAAACAACACAAAACUAGCACAGAAAGUGCAAUUUAAUGUCAAUACAUCUGUACAAGAAAUUGGGAAAAAUGAUUCAGGAUUUAAUUUUAUUUUCAAAAAGAAAUCACCAACAAAACUUAAAUCUCCAGGAAAGUCAAGGAAUGAUAGUAUAAACAGUGAAGGAUGCGAUGAAAUUGUUGAUGAUAAUGAGUAUCAUGAGGAGGAAGAGAAUCAAACUUAUUUCACUCCAGUAAUUCCGUUACCAGAUAAAAUUGAAAUCAAAACCGGAGAAGAGAACGAGAAGAUACUUUAUUCGCACCGAGCGAAAUUAUUUCGAUUUACUGACAAGGAAUGGAAGGAACGUGGUCUUGGUGAUUUAAAAAUCCUUCAACACAAUGAAACGGGAAAAAUAAGAAUGGUAAUGCGACGCGAGCAAGUUCAUAAGAUCUGUCUCAACUUUUUCCUUACAACUGAUAUCGAGUUCAAACGUAAAGACAACCAAUCUUGGACUUUUGGGGCUAAUGACUUUUCGGAAGGCGAAUAUGAACUCAGAUCUUUUGCAAUAAGAUUCAAAUCCAAAGAUAUUUGCGAUGAAUUUAAGAAGGCCAUCGAUAGUGCAUUAAUAAUAACGCAUUCUAAAUUGAAUGUUAAUUCUGAAAUAAUUAAAAAGUUAAUGCUUCCUGAAAAUUUCUUUAGUUUUGAAAAUUCAGAAAACUGUUCUGGUUGCUUGGGUUGCAAAUCUGAUGAAUACAUCUAUAGCACUGAAAUUAGAUCAGGCAUGCAUGAUACAGACGAAUUCUCAUUACCACUUUUCUCACCGUCAAUUUUAACAAGAAAUAAAUCUAAAGGUGUUAGUCAAGAUAAAAAGGUAUCAUUCAAGUUGGCAGAAAUAAAAGAAAACGUUAAAGCUUCUCAGUUCUUUGACAAAACUGUUGAUCUUGAUGACGAAAAAUCUCCAAUGAACAACGAAAAACAAAAAACUGAAGCAACUGCUAAUAUUUUUAACAAGUCCAACAAUCUGACUCAAGACAUCAUCAACACAUAUGGUGAUGAUAAGAAUACAAUUAGUACUGCCACGAGUAGUACUUCAGUUUUUUCAUCAUCACUAAAUACAGGAACGACGACCAUCGGUCUUGGCAACACAACAAAUGAAAAGACUUGCAUUUUUGGAAGCAAAACAAAUUUCGGAAAUAUUGCAAACAGUUCAAGUAUCUUCAGUAGUGGAAAUAAAGAAAAUAAUGAAAAAUCGAGUUUUGCAAAUACACCAAUAUUUGGAGCUAAUAUUUUUGGUGCACAUAAUGCACAUAAGGGAGGAGCCACAAAUAUUUUUGGUACCUUCAGUUCCACUUUUAGUUUUGCAGACGCUGCUAGAGAACUUGAAGAUAAAUCUAAAAAUAUAUCAUCUAAUGAGCCAGAGUUUCUUAAAAAUGUCAAUAACAUUGAAGGUUUUGCUGAAUUAGCUGCAUCCUCAAGUACUGAAGACACAUUAUUUAAUGUACAGAAAAGUAAUGGAACGGGACAAUUUUUUGGAUUAACUGUAAAAGAUGAUUUCUUUAGUAAAAAUUUGAGUAAACAGAACACUUCAACGGAUGAAACAAGUCAUAAUGACGAUGAAAAUGUCCAGGACGAUAAUUAUGAUCCACACUAUGAUCCAAUUAUAAGUUUACCGGAGGAAGUUAAAGUAUGUACUGGAGAAGAGGAUGAAGAAAAAUUGUUUGGUGAACGAGCUAAAUUAUUUCGUUACGACAUAAAUACUAAAGAAUGGAAGGAGCGAGGUGUUGGAGAGAUGAAGAUAUUACAUCACCCUGUUAAUAAAACAUUUAGGAUGAUAUUGAGGCGUGAACAAAUUUUUAAGCUAGUUCUUAAUCAACUUAUAACAUUCGACUUGCAUAUUUCUUCUAUGGAAAAUUCUCCUAAAGCUUUUUGUUGGGUUGGAAUGAACUAUGCCGAGUCAAUUGAUGGAGAAGUAGAACAAUUAGCCAUACGAUUUAAAAAUGAAGAACUUGCAAAUAAUUUCAAAAAAGUUAUUGAAGAAUGUCAAAGAAAUAUAUAAUAAUCGAUUAACUUAUUUAAGCAGAAAUUUUUUGUACACAUAAAAGCUCUAAUAUUUUCAAUUCGAAGACUGAAUUGUUUAUCAUUAAUAUCUUCAAACAAUUAUUGUUACAUGUAUUUUCAAAAAUAAAAAAAAAAAUUAUAAACACAAAAAAAUUAACAA